UCGGUUUUGGUUUUGUUUUCUUGGAAGCUCUUUUUCAAAGAUCCUUUGAACAAUGGCGAAUCCAGUUCUUGGAUCUCCUACAAACCCACACUUCUUUAAGCCUCUUCUCCCCGGCUUCGACUCCUUCCUCGUACUCUGACUCUGUCUCUCUUUUACGAGUAUAGCUUAUUAUGAGAAAUGGUUUCGUUUUAAAAACUCUUUUGCAUGUUGUUGCAGACCAUCCCUGUGAAGUUUUUCUCGGUAUACUUACAUGGAAGAAACGAAGGAAAUACAGCGGAGCUAAGAUCCGACGCGUCUGAGAUAAGUUGGAAAGUUGAGAUGGAAGGUCGGAAACUCACCGUCGGCUGGAAAGAGUUCGCCACCGCACAUGAUCUCCGAGUCGGAGAUGUUAUCGUUUUCAGACACGAUGGAGCUUCGGUGUUCCACGUCACUUGUUUUGGACCCAGUUGCUGUGAGAUUCAAUAUGUACAAUCUUGUGACGACGACAAUAAUCUUGAUGAUGAUCAAGAAAACAUCAGAAACUUGUCGAUGAAGCAGAGUCUUAAAACAGAACCAGAGUCUUCACUAGACGAAGACAAAGAUUACAUGGGUAAGUCAAUGGGUAAGAAGCGGAUUACUGAAGCAAAAGCAAAGUCUAUUUCAUCAGACCAGUCUUGUUUCUUCCAUCAAAACGCCUCUUCUUCGUUUCUCCACUGCAGAACUAAAGAGUGUUUCCACUAAAGAUUGCAACAAAAGAAAGAGAAACAAAUCUGGUGACAGUAGU